GAGGCGGCGCCGUGCGCGGCGGUGACGUCACUGCGCGCGCCGAGGAGUGUUCCGGGGCGGACGGCUGAGCGCGGCUGGCGGCGCCCCCCGUUCCCCGACCUCCGCGUCUGGCCCCGAGCGCGGACCACCCGGUGCCUUCCGUCCUCAGCCGCCGCGGCCAGCAUCAUGUUCGGCUCCAACCGCGGCGGCGUCCGCGGCGGCCAGGACCAGUUCAACUGGGAGGACGUGAAGACCGACAAGCAGAGGGAGAACUACCUGGGCAACUCGCUGAUGGCCCCGGUGGGCCGAUGGCAGAAGGGCCGCGACCUCACCUGGUACGCCAAGGAUCGGGUGGGCAGCGGGGGGCUGAGCCGUGAGGAGGAGCUGGCCGCGGUGAGGCAGGCGGAGCAGGAGGCCCUCAUGGCGGCUCUAGGUUACAAGAACGUGAAGAAGCAGCCCACAGGACUGAGCAAGGAGGACUUUGCCGAGGUCUGUAAGCGGGAAGGCACUGACCAUGAGGACAAGGGUGUAGACCGGCUCCUGGGGCUGGGGAGCUCUAGUGGCUCUGCAGGCCGUGUGGUACUGUCCCGAGAAGACAAGGAGGCUGCCAAGCUGGGGCUUUCGGUGUUCACGCAUCACCGUGUGGAGAGCAGUAUGGCAGGGGCCGCCCCAGCCACCGCCAGAAAGAAGCCGCGUCCUGAGGAGAAGACGGAGCUGUGUGCUGAAAGCCACAAGAAAAGCAAGAAAGAGAAGAAGAAGAAGAAAAAGAAGAAACACAAGAAAGAGAAGAAGAAGAAAGAAAAGCACCACAGGAAGGAGGCUGCUGGCUCCUCCCUGUCCCCAUCUCCUGCUAGGCCCGGCCGGCAGGACUGCAGCUCCUCAGCCAGCGACCGCGCCUCCCCUUGCUGCAGGAAGAGGAAGUGGGGAGACAGUGGCGACAGCGGGCGGAGGCGACAUGACUCGGACUCCAACCCUUGAGAUGGGGCCCCGGCUAUGCUGACCCCACCGAGCUGGGACGCCAGGGCCAGCCUUGGGCCGGCUUGCCCCUCAGUGUGGGCCGGGGUUCCCAGGGUCUCUGGCUGAGCCUUCCCACCCCGCUCCCACUCUCGGACUGACCCUGGGCCUUGGCCCCCAUCCUGGCCCUGGCAGUGCUGGGCCAAGCAGGCGAGGCAGCCUGCUUUGUUGGGACCCCACCAAGCCCCCGGGAAGGUGCUGCUGAGGUACUGGGGCUGCACUAGACAUGGCUGUGGGUCUGGGUCCUGGGGCUGCCAGUGUGUCCCCCCUGCCCUCUGUGCGGCCCCCAGGCCUCCAGAGAACCUGCCACAGCCAAGCGUGACUGCUUCUAUUUUCUUCUUAUCGCCCACUCUUUGUAAGUAAAUAAAUGUAUUUUAAAAGGGAGACACACGUCAUCAUGGU